CGUUUGUAUGAGAGAAAGAUCUUAAAAUGCAAAUCGAGCUCCCUGAGAUUACUCACACGAUAAAUAUGAUUUGACAAGUGACCUUCUAUCGAAGCAUCGCUUCAAUUUGUUUUUUUAUGAGACUAUGAAUCGAGGGAUCUCGUCAGGGAUGCAUUUCUUAUUUGUUAGUCGUGAACUCGGUUAAUUUAGACUUCGUAAUUUUUAAUUAACAUUUCCCCGUCUGACGCCCUGAGAUAUCCCAAGUAUGUCGUUAUUGUGACCCUCUUGGGGUGCGACGCUGAUGUCAUGGGACACAUCGUUGCGCCUGUAUUCUUUUAUUCAAUUCGUGGUCUCUUAACUCGAAUUUUACGAUCUUUCGUUUACUUUCGCUUUUACCCUAAUUAAUAUUAUUUUCCUCGUUGGACGAGAGAGAGAGAAAGAGAGAGAGAGAGACGAGGCAGGGGUCUCGUCACGGGCUGGAGAUCACGUGCGCCCUCGUAAUCUUUUUUUAUUUAAAUUUGUCAUUUGGUUGAAUUACCGUUUAUUGCGCCGAAGGCGACUUGAGGAUGCUUUGUGGCGUCUGAGGGAAAGACAGGUCAAACGAGCGACCUACUUGUUUACGCACUCUCGCGCGCGGGGAGGAAUUAUUUACAUUAAUUGCUCUUUCCUCAAUGAACGUGCUCGUCUUCGCAGAGAGUUCGCAAUCGGGGACAUUAGAUCCUGCGGCCUGUACGUGUACACAAGCGGUUGCCGAUGCAGUUCUCGGAAGUAUGUAGAACGAAGAACACGUUGGACGCGAUUAUUGUUGAAGUCAGGAGCAGGAUGUGGAUCGUACACUGCCAAAAUUUAGUGUUCAUCGCUUUUGUGUUCUUACCCUCUGUCGUUCAUGGUAUCCCGGAUUAUUCUGGAUUGCCACCGGGACCAUAUUGCGAGUCGAGGUAUCGUAAAGGCAGUUGCUGCGCAGGACGACAGGAUGAAUGCAGCGCGCCGAUUCUCAAGACGCUGUGUUAUUGCGAUGAUUUUUGUGUUCGGACCCGCGAGGAGGACUGCUGUCCGGAUUUCUGGAGCCAUUGCAGGAACGAGACGAUCCAGGAGUUAAGAAGAUGCUUCUUCCAAGGAAGAGAGUACGAUUACGGACAGACGUUAAAAGUUAAUUGCAAUACCUGUAAAUGCUCCUCGGUAGGCAAUAGUGCCGAAGUGCUCUGCGAGGAAAAUCGAUGUUUGAUCGAGCCGGAAUUGACGGAGGAGAUUAAUUUGCAAGAAUUCACUUUAGGAUGGCAAGCGGGAAAUUAUUCUGAAUUCUGGGGAAGAACUCUUCGGGACGGUGUGGAACUUCGUUUGGGUACUCUAAAUCCUUCGCAAUCCGUGUACAAAAUGAAUCCUGUGCGACGUAUUUACGAUCCGGACGCGCUGCCACGGAUGUUCGACUCCAGGACGCGCUGGCCACGCGAUAUAUCCGGAAUCCACGAUCAAGGAUGGUGCGGCGCGUCCUGGGCCGUGUCCACGGCCGAUGUCGCGUCCGACAGAUUCUCGAUCAUGAGCAAAGGCGCCGAGAACGUGGAGUUGAGCGCCCAACAUCUACUCUCUUGUAACAACAGGGGACAACAAGGCUGCAGAGGCGGUUAUCUCGAUCGCGCCUGGCUCUUCAUGAGGAGAUUCGGACUGGUAGACGAGGAGUGCUAUCCUUGGACCGGUAAGAACAAUCAAUGCAGACUACGUAAGAGAAGCAACCUAAAUGCCGCCGGUUGUCGAAACCCACCAAACCCGCUGAGAACAGAACUGUACAAGGUCGGGCCGGCCUACCGUUUGGGCAAUGAGACCGACAUUAUGCAGGAAAUCCUGACCUCUGGACCCGUACAAGCUACCAUGAAAGUCUAUCAGGACUUUUUCGUUUACAAAAGCGGAAUAUACAGGCACACUCGAAGCGCGGAGUUGCAUGAUUCCGGUUAUCAUUCAGUGAGAAUAAUCGGUUGGGGUGAAGAGCCGCGGUCUUAUCGCGGUCCACUCAAGUAUUGGCUGGUCGCGAAUUCCUGGGGAGAAAACUGGGGAGAGAACGGACUCUUCAAGAUCCAAAGGGGAAUCAACGAGUGCGAGAUCGAGUCAUACGUACUGGCGGUGUGGGCCAAGACGGUAUAAGAAAGGAGAGAGAACCAGGAAAAUACCAAAGUACUAGAAAUAUCCGAUCGUCAGAAUUCAUUGUUGGUGCAUUUAUCGAAUCUCCGUCGUCGGUCCGUCGUCGUGCGCAAUGAUGCGAUUGCCUCGAGGACGAUGAACGAUACAUCGAUCUUCGAAAGUAUGUGAUCCAGUAUCUCCGUACCUGCCUUAUUACACGUAUUAUCGGUAGGAAGGGAGGGAGGGAGAAACAAGGACGGACAGAGCUGUUUAUAAAUAUUUAAUAUAAGUACGUAUAGUCGAAAAAGAGUGUCGUCGUUAUUUUCUCAUUAUUCGUAGAUAACAAUAAUUGUCUGACAUAGAAACAGCGCAGGAUCGAUUCUUCGAUGUGUCGCGCAAGAGUCAUGUCUCCUCUCAUGUAAUAUCACUCAUAUGUCGCGGUGACUUCGACGUGUAAGAAGUGCCAAGCGCUAAUAAAUUUAUAAAUACGAAAUAAAUUUUAUAAGUACGUAA